CAGCUCACAAAACCCGGAUGUCAAUGUCACAUUUUUCAACGUCCACCCCCAUACAACAAUCUUCUCUCUCCCUUCCUUUUGGAUCUAUAUAAACCCCCCAUGAUAAAUUGAGAAUUUCAGAAUUAUGGCUUGUUCUUGCCAUAUAGACACUCCAUAGGCAAAGAACAAAGCCACAACAAGGACAAGAUUUCCUUGAACAUCUUUGUCACUUCUUAUAUCAUUUGCUUGUUCUUUUCCUUGUUCCCCCUUCAUUCUUGGUUAGUUAUGGCUGAUAUCGACGGGACUAGUAGCAAUGGCAACCAUGGGGGGGUUGUUUUGGAUAUUAAAGAUGAUCAUCCUCCAUCCAGCUCCAACUUAACCAAGGAAAAUUCCGACUUGUAUUUCUCUGUGCCGUUCAUGCAAAAGUUGGUAGCUGAGAUAGUCGGCACAUACUUCUUGAUAUUUGCCGGUUGCUCAUCGGUGGCCGUGAAUUUGAACUUUGAGAAGGUUGUGACACUUCCAGGAAUAUCAAUAGUUUGGGGAUUGGCUGUGAUGGUCUUGGUUUACUCUCUUGGUCAUAUCUCUGGUGCCCAUUUCAACCCUGCUGUCACCCUUGCCUUUGCCACUUGCAAGAGAUUUCCAUGGAAACAGGUGCCGGCUUACAUAUCAUGUCAAGUCAUUGGGUCAACUCUAGCAGCCGGAACAAUCCGAUUAAUUUUUCAGGGCAAGCAAGAUCACUUCACAGGAACAAUGCCGGCAGGAUCCGAUCUGCAGUCCUUUGUUGUUGAGUUUAUAAUCACAUUCUACCUCAUGUUCAUCAUAUCCGGUGUCGCCACCGAUAACAGAGCUAUUGGUGAGCUUGCUGGACUUGCUGUUGGUUCCACCGUGCUGCUCAACGUGAUGUUCGCAGGGCCAAUAUCAGGGGCGUCGAUGAAUCCUGCAAGGAGCUUGGGACCUGCAAUGGUCUCACACGAAUACAGAGGCUUAUGGAUUUACGUAGUGUCACCCAUCCUUGGAGCUCAGGCUGGUGCAUGGGUGUAUAAUUUGAUCAGGUACACGGACAAGCCUCUGCGCGAGAUCACCAAAAGUGCAUCAUUCCUCCAGAGCAAAGGGCGUUUGUGAUAUGAGAUGGCUGUAGAAGGCGAUGACAGUAUUCCUUUCUUUUAUAUAGGUGCUAGUGGUCAGGGCUUGUAUGCAAGUCAACACCUUAAGAAGGGAUUCUGCUUUGUUAAUUGUUUCUUUUCUUCUCUCUCUGUGUGUGUUUUUCUUCUCUCCUUUUUCAGCGUCCAGAGAGUUGGGUUUCUUCUUG